UUUAAACUGUAUUUUCUCACAGAGUUGAUCUGUUUUUCUUCUUCAGAUGGAUUUUUGGAAUAUGUGGUGGGUCGUUGUGUGUUUAACGGCACUAAAUCAAAGGACAUCGAGUACAUCCGCUCUUAUUAUUUCAACAAAGUGGAGGAUGUGAGGUUCAGCAGCAGUGUGGGGAAGUUUGUCGGAUACACUGAGCCUGGACUGAUGUACGCAAAGAACUGGAACAACGAUCCUUCAUACCUGGCUCAGGAGAGAGCAGAGAAGGACAGGUACUGCCUGAACAACGUCGGGCUAAACUACCAGACUGUUCUGGCUAAACCAGCUGAGCC